GUGUCGUUAUUCUACUACGACUGCGGAACAGCUGAUUGCUGAAAGUGGCAAAAAGGAAAAUCCGCAUCAUUUGGGAGGUUACUGAAAAGUAUGUAAGGAAAAAAAGGUCAAAAGUAAUAAUCGCGUCGCUGUCUGGACGAAUCGACUCAACAACUUGGAUAUAAUCAAAGAAAUACGGUCAACGAGUGCUACAUCUUCAAAUGUGACAGAUGAUUGUUGUAAGAGAUGUCACAAAUUGAUAUUCAGGAUUUGUUUAACAAAAGCAGGUUUCCCAGCGGUUGGCGUCUUCUACUUGUUGUCUUGUAUUCACCAGUAGGAUUUGUACUUGUGCUGCUGCGACUCUUGGUGGUAUUACUACUCUGGCUUCUAGCGUCGCUACUACCCAACUGCAAUUUCCUUCAAGCGUUCUUGAGCUACGCCACCAGAAUCGCAUUUGGCAUUGUAGUUAAAAUCGACGCCGAGAGCGAACCCAGGGACAAGCAGUCGAGAGUAAUAAUCGCCAACAAUGUGUCCGUUCUGGAUCACUUCGCUCUACAUCGCGCGACGGCGGCGUUAGUCCCCAGCGUUUGGGAGCUACCUGUCGCCUUGAGUAAUGCGCUGGGAUUACAAAAGAUGAAUAUGAACAGCAAGGAAACGCUGAUCGCCAACAUAAAGCAAUUUCUUUCCAACUCCACGUACAGCGUGGCUGUACAGCCCGAAUUCGGCACCACCAACAGCCGAGUCGCACUGUUGAAAUUCAAUUCCUGGCCGUUUAGUAUAGAGACGUCUGUCCAACCGGUUGCCAUCCGAGCGUCAAGAUCAGAACUUGUUCCCGUGCAUUUGACGGCCUUGGCCUCGACAUGGCUGACGGAAGUAUUCUGGUUUAUGUUCGUACCCUAUACAGUUUUUACACUUAAGUACCUGAAAAUCAGACGAAACCCCGACCAUGAGAUACUUGUGCGUGAAGUCGAGCAAGAUAUCGCGGACGCCUUGGGACUCCAGACGUGUUCUCACACCGUGUCGGACAAGACAGAAUAUGAAAAGCGCUAUCGUACGAGGAUUCUCAGUAACACGCGUCCCAAUAGAAAUUCGUCUAAUUCACAAGUUAUACAUAGUAUAGAAAUGCAAAGGAUGGUUCAUCAAGUCAGCGAAGUACUUCCAUUGGUUCCACACAAUGUGAUUCUGCGAGAUCUCAUGAAAACUCGAAACGUUGAUGUUACGAUUGCCAAUAUUCUCGAUGGCAUAGUUACUUAUACUCCAGAACCUAAUCCGCCAGCUCAAUUAUCUACGACAUCGUCCAGCGGAUCUUCAAGUUCUGCGAAGGAUAAAGUAUUGGGUACCACUUCCUUCCAAGAGAAAAAAAUUAAAAUGAUACAAGAAGCCAGGGAAAGGUAUAUUAAGAAACAUGGACUUACAAAUUGCUGACAUUCUUAUUAUCGUUUUAUUCUGAUUACAACACUGUCAUUAUAAUAAUAUCUAUAUAACCUGUUUUACUGUUCAUGUAUUAUAUUUACUAUUGCUUCAUGUGAAUACAUUUUUUUUUUUUUUUUCUAAAAUAUGAUUACACAUAAUUGUACAAAUAUAUAUACAUAUAUAUAUAUACCUAUACUUUAUAAUUGUAAGCAAUAUUUCGCAAAAAAAACUCGUUUUUAAUUAAUGCAAUUAUCAGUUGUAUUAUAUAACGUAGUUAUUGAUCAUAAUAACAGAAUUACACGCUUGAGCAGCAGGGAGAUUAAGACUUUUAUAUCGGAUUAUCAAUUAUUUAAUUGUAAACAAACGUACAUAUACUUUUUUUACUAUGUAUACGAGAGGCCAAAAAAUUUGUUAUUUUCAAUAUAAAAAUAAUUAUAUGUAUUUUAUAUAUGUAUGUAUACAAUAUUUUAUACAUAUGUAUAUAAAAUAAAAAUUAUUUUACUUAUAAUUUAAGUAAAUAAACAAAUGUUAUAAGUAAAAAUUACAUGAUUCUUUUACAUUAAACAAAUCUCUCAAACGAAAUGCUUUUAAUGGAAUUUUAAAUAAAUUUAGGCAUAUCAUUUUGAUACUUAAUCAAAUUGUUAUUAAAAAUUAAGCCGUAAAAAAUACGUCAAAUAAAAAAGAAUUGUUAAAAAAAUAAUAUAAGCGGAGAAAGGUAUGGGAUACUUAUGUAACAACUUAUAUGUAUAGACUUAAAAUUUAUAUUUAUAAUUAUAAUUAUAUAAUUAUAAUAGCAUAACUUGUAAAUAUCUAUAUAUCUAUCACAUCAUUCUUACAUCUGUUUAAAGUUAUCCAUAAAGUUCCUUCCGUAAUUCUUAGUAAUUACGAUAUGCAAUUAAAGCAUAUGAUAUAAUAUCUAUGGGAAUAAUAGAAUGUAGGAGGAAAUGUAUUCAAGCCUCUCUUAAAUAUUUCUUAUAUAUUGUACUCCAUUUAUAAAAUUUGGAAGACUUGUUUUGUACUGUACGUGUAUAUGUAAUAUAAAAAAUAUGAAGUCUAUAACAUAAAAAAUAUUAAUAAAUGAAAUAUAAAAACAAUACUUUUAUACUAUUACAAUUAAAUUAUAUUGCAUUAUAAAAACUUAAUGUUUUCACUGAUAUUCUUAUUUAAUAUUAUUAAUAAACGCAUAUAUACAGUAGUGAAAUUGUUAAGCAAAAAUUUUAAUAAAUGUAUAUGAUACAAAUUAAAAUAAAGCUGCUUGAGUUUAAAAAA